GAUUACAAUUUGUAAAAUACAUACACGAUCCCCCAUACAGGAAUGCAGCAGUCGUAGCCAGCCGCAAUUAAAACCUAGGACUCCCAUCAGUUACUUGACUAACCAUGGCUGGCUUCAGACAGGAGGAGGUGGAACAGUACUAUGACAUGGGAGAAGAGCUGGGCAGCGGACAGUUUGCCAUUGUCCGUAAGUGCAAGGAGAAGAGCUCGGGAAUUGAAUAUGCCGCUAAGUUCAUUAAAAAACGCCGCCUCUCAUCCAGCCGCAGAGGAGUGAGUCGUGAGGAGAUCGAACGAGAAGUCAAUAUCCUCCGUGAGAUUCAGCACAGUAACAUCAUCACUCUACAUGACAUCUUUGAAAACAAAACAGACGUGAUCCUGAUCCUGGAGCUGGUGUCUGGAGGGGAGCUCUUUGACUUUUUGGCUGAAAAAGAGUCACUGACAGAGGAGGAGGCCACUGGGUUCCUUAAACAAAUCCUGGAUGGAGUUCACUAUUUGCACUCCAAAUGCAUAGCACACUUUGACCUUAAGCCUGAAAACAUUAUGCUGUUGGAUAAAAAUGUCCCUAAUCCCAGAAUCAAACUCAUUGACUUUGGAAUCGCUCAUCAGAUCAAAGCUGGCAAUGAGUUCAAGAACAUUUUUGGGACGCCAGAGUUUGUCGCUCCAGAAAUAGUGAACUAUGAGCCGCUGGGAUUGGAGGCCGACAUGUGGAGCAUUGGAGUGAUCACAUACAUCUUGUUGAGUGGAGCAUCUCCGUUUUUGGGGGAAACAAAGCAGGAGACUCUGACGAACAUCUCGGGUGUGAACUAUGAUUUUGACGAAGAGUAUUUCAGCAACACCAGUGAGCUGGCCAAAGACUUCAUACGCCGCCUGCUGGUCAAAGAUCCCAAGAAGAGAAUGACGAUAGGUGAUAGUCUUGAACAUCCAUGGAUUAAGGUUAUUAAGAGGAGGAAUGUUCGGCAGGAGGAUCGGGACACCAAGACCGAGCGCCGCCGCCUGAAAACUACUCGUCUAAAGGAAUACACCAUCAAAUCCCACUCCAGUAUGCCCCCUAACAACACCUACAUCAACUUCGAACGCUUCUCCCAAGUCCUGGAAGAGAUCGCCGCUGCCGAGGAGGGCUUACAAGACCUGGAACGAAACCAGAAGUCCUGCAGAGAAGAUGUGGCCGCCCUGUUAUCCAUUUACGAAGAAAAAGAGAGCUGGUAUAAGGAAGAAAACCUGAGCAUUUCAACUGAUCUUAACCACAUUAGGCAGGAGCUACAACGCACCCAGGCCCAGCGCAAGAAGAGCCAAGAGGAAGCACGCCUGACCUUGCAAUCGGCCAAUAUCUUAAAGAGAAAGUUUGGCCGUUUGGAGAACCGCUACGAGGCGCUAGCGGAGCAGGUGGCAUCUGAGGUACGCUGGGUGGAAGAGCUGGUUAAGUCCAUAGCCGUGGAGAAGGAGAGCUCAAGCAGCAUGCCAUAGGUGCAAUAAAAGAAUCUUAAUUAAUAGACGUUUACAUCUUACAAGUAUUGGCCGACCCGCGUCACAAAUGGGGCCAGUAUACAAGUAUAGAGCAUGGGUUUGUAUUGAGAUAUGGGAGGUUUACAAAUUUCUUUUGGUCCAUAGGCUUUAAUUGAUAGUAGCAUAUGGCAGUAAACAUAUGAAAUUGGGGUGAAGAGUGUGGAGUGAAAUACAGCAAAUUAUCAGAGCCCUUGCAAGACAUUAUUUUUGUGUAUUGAAUGUAUAAAUUUAACUUAUAAUGUCACAAGUCAAGAUUUUCCAGUAUCAGUGCUCCCCUAUUUCUGUUGCUAUACAAAAAUUUUAAACUUAACAAUAUAAUUAGCCUAUCAAAUUGUGAAAUGCAGUAAUCGCAUUUUAAAUAACAUUUUCAGGUGAUUUACAAAAUUUGUUGUUAUGCUUAAGUGCCAAGUGGUAAAAAUGACAGAUGAGAGGAAGAGUAAAGAAAAGAUUUAUGGAUGUUGUCAAAGAGGACAUUAAGUUUGUUGUCAUGAGAGAAGGUGUUGCAGAAGAGACGGUCAGAUGGAGGCAGGUGAAGGCAAAUCUCAAUACAAAUCCCAAGUACUAGCCCCAUAUCCAUCUGUUGCUAUAGUUACAGUGGGUCAGUUGUCAUAUUAAGCUAUGCUGCUGUCUAUUCACAAUCACUGCACCUCUUUCUACCACCAGAGGCCAGCAUGAAAUCUUUGAAAAUAAUCAUUCCUGUUUUUAUAACUUAUUUAUAAUUUUUAUAGAUUUUAUGUACUGUAAAAUUUAGAUUUGUUUUUGUUGUUUUGUAUUUUGUUUCAAUCAUUUUGAAUUUCAGAUUUUGUGGUGCUUUCUCUCAGAUAUUUUGGCUCUUAAAUGGCAGGUUUUUAUUGACAUCAGUGGUGUUCAGUGUGUAUUUUACACUCUUCUAAGACUGAGUGUUGCAGUGAUUUCCAACUGAUAUGAAGGGGCACAGAUAGGGUGAAAAUACAUUGGCUGAAAACGUUGACACCAAUUUAAAGUACAUGUGCCAUAAACUUUGUAGUAAACUGUUCAUUUUUCCCAUAGAGUUGUAGUCAAAGACCAUGCGGUAGAUAUGCAGUUGUAUUUGAAAUAUGUACAGGAUAUUUAUCAGCCAGAAAGUGAAAUAGUUAAAGAUCGGCUUUAACUCUUUACCUUUGUCUGCUACCGGUUUGUCUUCAUGGAGAUGUUCUUGCUUUGUCAGUACUGCUCCACAGAAUGGCAAUAAACUUCAUCUCUUUGGAGACAAUGGAAAAACCAAAUAUUACAUGUUUUGAAAGAUGAAAAAUCCUUAAAAUGUCACCCAAUCAGUUGAAAACCACUGUAGUAUACAUAUGCAAUUUGUUAAAUACAAGAAAGACAGUUAUCAUUACAGUGCCUCUUAAUCAGUUGACCUCAAUGCCUGUGCACUCACCACUAUCUCAUUCAUAACUUUGAACAUUUGCACAGUAGCCUUGCAAUACCAAAAAGUGUGCAUGCAAUCUAUGUGUAAUGACCAUGUUAAUGUUUCUAGUUCAUUUUGAUCAUCUCUGGACCAUAGACGUACUGUGUUGUAUUGUAUUUGUCUAAGCGUUGUAGACUUUAGACAUUCCAUUGAGACUUGACAUCCAGACAGCACAUUCCCCAUAUAGAGCGAACAUAAAGAGUAUUUUUCAUCAGACAAAUGUACAUGCACUUAUAGAGAGGAAACUGUAUUUUAUUCAGAGCUGUAAUGAAGAGCAGUGAAUGUUUCUGCUUGUUUCAAAUAAACAAAAAUAAAUCAACAAU